AUGAUCAGCUCCGAAACAAUACAACUGUCCCUCAACUUGGACCAUAUCAGCGAGGUCGACUUCGGACGGCUGGAAAGGAGGCAAAGGUUCCGAUCGCGGAGUGUCGGCCACCAAAGAUCCGAUCACAACAUGCUGAGCCGUUGGGCGUCGGCCAUUUCACUCGAAGAAAUCAACGAGUACGGAAAGUGGAAGGUCGAAAGGGCGCAGAAUGUGAUGGAACAGGAAGUGAACAAGACGUCCCAUUGUGUAAGGUUCUUUCGAUCUACCGACACGAACGUCUAUGAUUGCAGUUGGAAGAGCUCGAGGAAUUCCGGAGUGAGAAGUUCAGAAGGACCGUCCUGGACGGGCUCGGAUUCGUGGAAGACUGGUCGAAGAGCAUGGAGUUCCGGACCAAAGUGGUCAAACUUGUCAUGGUUUGUCCAUUUUCAAUGUCGACGAACUCAUCCUUUUGCAGGAAACGGGAGCGCCGGAGAAAAAGUCGAAGGAGGAACGGGCCGGAUGGACGGUGCGGACGAAACUUGCCGAUCUGAGUGCGUUCCAAUUCUAUUGGGGCGUCAAUUAUCGGCGCGGAAAAGGGGAGUGGUACGAGACUACGCAAAGAUCCGUUCGGCCUGACGAGAAUUCUCGACGGCCCAACUCAUCUGACGAUGAUUCGGAGUCGUCUGACAAUGGGAACGAAUUCACAACGGCCGAAAUUAAGCCGCAGCCGAUUAAGCAGUUGAAAGAAUAUACAACUUUCUUCAAAGGCUGUUUGUCGGAAGCGGAUCGCAUUAUUGCCGGAUACAGAAAAAAGUACAUUGCUCCCAGAGUGAGACCCCGAACUUGAUUGAAUGCUGCAAUUCUUAUUAUUCUUUUUCCAGAUAGCCGGACCGCCGAUUUUGAAUCGACACAACUCUUUCUUGAAGGCAAUCCUCACAGUUCUCAAUUUCAGAAAGAUACUUUUCGCGUUCUUUCUGACGACCUUCUUGAAAUAUUUGUUCAACCCGGAAGUCAUUUUUGCCUUACUUUGGGGAAAAUCCCCGGUUUCACAAGAGUUUAAAGCGGCGCGAGGUAAAUUCGCAGAGCUCCUCAAGUACAUGUUCGAUUUGACGAGUGUGACGAGUUGUAUCCACGAGUUGGACAAUUCGAACAUUUCCUUUUCUGUGCGAGAAUGUCUCGAUAGAACUUCUAUAGUUUUGGCCAAGGAAGUGUUGAAAACGGUGAGCUGGAAUUUACAUACUAACCAGAAAGUCGCUGUGAGUCGGUAUACCCAAAAAACUGACAGAACUGCAUGUCAAUAUAGUUCAUUCGAAACGAUAUAUCUCAGCUGUCGGUAGUGAUAUAAAUAAGUAAUCAACUAGAGAAAUGUACACAAUGUUAUAAUGAACAAAAGAUUAGUUGACAACUUUUCGAUAUCUCUAUCGGAGCUGAGAUAUGUUGUCUUGAAUAAACAGUUUUUAGAAACCGUACUAUUACAGCUAGGGCUAUAUGCUACUUUUCAAACUUGACCGAUUUUCAAAUUUAAUGCAAAUUUGUAACUCAAGACUUAAAAAAAUAAUUAAAACAACUCAAUUGCAGCUCCAGGUUCCACAACCGACAACGCACAGUCCCGAAGAGAUGGGAAUUUCCCAAUUGACGAUCGGCAGACAGAGACAUUUCGUGAACGCGGCGACUGAUGAUCUGAUUCCAAAGUACGGACCCCAUCCUAGACAUGUCUUCAAGACAAUCGCCAAGAAGUUUGGAUUCGAGAAGGACUGGCAAUCGAAUAGGCUCAUAGUCGACUGGUUCAAUCAGUUCUUCGAGGCCUACUUCAACCAGACGGAGAACUUCCACGAGCAGUUGAGGGUCAAAGUGAAGAAUGGGACUUUGGAUUGGAAGAUGAAGGCGUACUACGCACACCGGUUGUUCGCUCGAUUCUGGAGAUUGACGAGGCACGGAGAUGUGGAGGCGAUGUCUUUUCAAACUCAAACGGCUGUCUUUCGGAACUUUGCGGUUGAGCGCAAAGUGCUCCACGCGUUCACCAUCUUUGCCAUCAAUGCAAGACUGAGCCGAGAAAUGAGACAACACGUGGUCACAUAUCAACUCAACUCCCAGUACAUGGUCUGCAAAGAACUCGUCUACAAACACUUUGAAUCGCUACUCGUGGAGCCGUCCGGCAUUGCGCUUCACUAUGAGCUGAAUCCCGCCAGAUUUCGCAUAUACAGAAACGAGAAGGAUAUAAAACAGUGAGUCUUUGAAGAGCUUUGGGCAAUGUUAAUUUUAAAUCGAAACCAUGUACGUGUUGUGAACUACGACAUUCCGAAAGAACCGCACCUCAACGCGCUGCGUUCUACAAACGUCGUCUUUUAUUGAUUCACACUUAUUGUCUUUCCCUCCCAUUAUUCAAUCCAUUAUUUAUUUUCAGAGGAAUGAUCAGCUCCGAAACGAUAAAACAGUCGCUCAACCUGGACCGGAUCAGCAGGAUCAACUUGCGUCGUGUGAAAAAGAAUAUGUACGGGCCAAAGUUCCGAUCGCGGAGUGUCGGCCACCAAAGAUCCGAUCACAACAUGCUGAGCCGUUGGGCGUCGGCAAUUUCACUCAAAGAAAUCAACGAGUACGGAAAGUGGAAGGUCGAAAGGGCGCAGAAUGUGAUGGAACAGGAAGUGAACAAAACGUCCCAUUGUGUGAGUUGCUUUCGAAUUACCGACACGAGAGACUAUGAUUGCAGUUGGAAGAGCUCGAGGAAUUCCGGAGUGAGAAGUUCAAGAGGACCGUCCUGGACGGGCUCGGAUUCGUGGAAGACUGGUCGAAGAGCAUGGAGUUCCGGACCAAAGUGGUCAAACUUGUCAUGGUUUGUCCAUUUUCAAUGUUGACGAACUCAUCCUUUUGCAGGAAACGGGAGCGCCGGAGAAAAAGUCGAAGGAGGAACGGGCCGGAUGGACGGUGCGGACGAAACUUGCCGAUCUGAGUGCGUUCCGAUUCUAUUGGGGCGUCAAUUAUCGGCGCGGAAAAGGGGAGUGGUACGAGACUACGCAAAGAUCCGUUCGGCCCGACGAGGAUUCUUCUGAGCCCAACUCAUCUGACGAUGAUUCGGAGUCGUCUGACGAUGACCGUGAAGAUGAAUCGAAGGAAGAGGUGAAAUCGAAUGAAAUUGCGCCGGAGCCGUUCGAGCUGCUGGAUGACUAUAAAAGUUUCAUCGAGGACAUGAAACUGGAGAUGCGUUUCAUUAAAUUGGACUACUCAGAAAAAUACACGAAAAAAAAAGUGAGACCCCAGACUGAAUUAAACGAUGAAAUUGUUUUUCUUUCCAGGUAGACGAGUUUGGAGUUGUAUCCCAGAGCACGAAUAAAUACGGUGUUCUCACAAGGGGCUUCUGCAAAAUUCUACACUUCAAAUUCGUCAUUUUUGAGCAUUUGUUGUAUACCUUCUCGAAAUAUUUGUUCAAUCCGGAAGCCAACUGUGCCCUUCUUUGGGGCCCUUCCAUCCAUUUGAAACGACACUUUAGAGUGGCGAAAACGAAAUUCAAAGAACUCCUCAAGGAAAUGUCCGACUGUACGAUUCUGGAUAAGUGUCUGAAGGAGUUGGACGACUUGAAAUAUUAUGCUCGUGAGAAAGACGAGAUAAAUAACACGACGUCGAUUUGGACCAGGGAAAUGAUUAGGGCGGUGAGUGGGAAAUGCCCUUCAAACUCGACCCGCUUUAAUUUGCUAUUUUGCAGGUCGAGAUUCCCCAAUCGAUGACGUACAUUCCGGAAGAAAUCGAAUUUCCCUCACACUCGGUGGUGGGCAGACCGAUAAAUCUCAUGACCGUGGCGAUUAACGAACUUAUUCCACCGUACAGACCCCAUGGAAAACAGGUGUUCAAGACACUCGCCAAGAAGUUUGGGUUCGAGAAGGACUGGCAAUCGAAAGGGCUCAUAGCCGACUGGUUCAAUCAGUUCUUCGAGGCCUACUUCAACCAGACGGAGAACUUCCACGAGCAGUUGAGGGUCAAAGUGAAGAAUGGGACUUUGGAUUGGAAGAUGAAGGCGUACUACGCUCACCGGUUGUUCACUCGAUUCUGGAGAUUAAUGAGGCACGAAAGCACGGAGGCCGAGAAGUUUCAAAAAGAAACGAUUGAAUUUCGGAACUAUCCGAGCGAGCGCAAAGUGCUCCACGCGUUCACCAUCUUCGCCAUCAACGCGAGACUGCCAAAAGAACGACCGAACGAGUACGUGCACGCGUUCCAACUGCACCGCUACUACCACUUAUCGCGAACACUACUCCGCGAAAACUACAAACCGCCACCCGUGGACCCGAUCGACUUUGUGAUUCGAUAUGACGUGCAGCCGGGCAGAUUUCGUGUGUACAAGAUUAAGAAUAAGGAUAGACGGUGAGUGUUUGAAAAAGAUCUGCCUUCAUGAAUCUAUUUUCAGUAGUUGUAUUGCUAAAGCUCGCAUAAGCAGAAAGAGGCCAGCGAAAAAAGAAUGA